AUGCCGAAAAACGUCGUUCUACUGUGCGCUAUUUUCGGUUUCCUCUCGAGCGCCGAGAGCCAAGGCAUGGGGGAAGUUUUGGGAAAAGUCCGGGGAGCCAUCUCGAAAGGGCGUGUGGCUGCAGGAAUUGCGGCCAAAUUCGUUCCAUGCUUCAGACUCCUCUCUGAGAUCCAAGACAACAUGAAAAAGGUAACGUACAAUUCGAAAGGUCUUCGUAUGUGUCUGGAAAAAGCGAUCCCCCGAGACGAGGAUAUCGAGGGGAAAGACAACGUCUACGUCACAAAAGAUGAAAUGCGCACCAAGAUCAAAACAUGUGUCAGCAGCAUGAUUGCGGCAGCCAGGGGCAAGAAUGUUGAUGAUGACGACGUCCUUGUAGACGUGAAGGAUUGUUUCAUGGAAGCUGGUCAGUCGCUCAGCGCUCUCUCCGAGGACGGCAAAGAUGGCGGAAAGGAGGGUCAUUGA